GGUCUAGGUUUUGAAGAAAAGAUGCUGAAAAACAUUCUAGGCAAAAAGACACCCAGCUAAUGCUUGGGGAAGAGUAUUGGAGAGAGGUCCAAUUUGUUGAGACUUUAGCAUGUGUGAGAGUAAUGGAAGAUUAGGGACCAUUGACCCAGAAGUAGUAGAGUCAGAAUGAACUUAGGGCUUCUAAUGCCAAACCUAUUGCUUUUCCACUGUACUUUGUAUCAUCCUAUGCCAUGGUCUGUAGCCAUAUAUUAUCAUUAGGAGAAUAGUUCUUUUUAACAGAUAGGUUUUUGUAGAAGAUGUCAGUCAUUCAACAAGAAUUUUAUCAAGCACUGUCAUGCACUGGGCUGACUAUAGAAAAUGCAAAAAAAAGGCAAGAGUUUAGCCCUGGCCUUGAUGUGUGAAGGGUGAAUUAGAAUCAAGGAGUCAGUUUAAGAGAUUUUCAUUAGUAUAGGAAAAAGGUCAUGAGGGCUGUAGGAGCAGAGAGAAGAGAUUGUAUAUAAAAUUAGUUGUAGAUAUAGAAUCAAAAAGAUUUAGCUGAAUAGGAUCUGAAUAGGAAAGAUAUCUCCAAGUUUGAAAACUUGACUGAUGGCAGGAUAUUGCCCUCAACAGAAAUAGGUAAAUUAGGAAGAGGGUUUUAGGGAGAAGAGAAUGAGUUUUCUUUUAGAAAUUUUGAGUUCGAGGUGUCUAUGGGACAUUGUGGUGGAGUAGAUGAGAAUUGAACUGAGUCUUGAAGAAAUCCAGAGACACUGAGAGGCAGUAAUGAAGAGGAAAAAUAUUGCAGCCCCAGGGAACCACCAGUGAAAAGGCACAAAAACAGGAAAUGAAGUGCAGUGUGUGCUGAACACCAAGCAGCCAAUGCAGUUGGAUCAAAAGUGGAAAAAGAUUGGAAAGAGCUUUAAAUGCUGGAGAAGACUUUAUAUUUGCUCUUGGAAGUAAUUGGAAAUCACAAGUUGGACUUCGAGAACAUUGAACAUUGCCUUAGCAACCAAAUACAAGAUGGAUUGGAAAGGAGAGAGAUUUGAGACCAAAAGACCAACUAGAAAGUUAUUUCAGUAGUCCACAGGAAAGGUUGUAGGCUUGAGUGCCUGGGAAAAUGAAGGUAUAUCUCCAUGAAUAACUUAAAUGACCCUCCACAUUGGAAUAUCCGGCCUAAUUCGAGGGCAGAGGGUGGUGAUGGAAGCAGAUGGAAUUAUGCUCUUCUGGUUCCCAUGCUGGGAUUAGCUGCUUUUCGUUGGAUUUGGUCUAGAGAGUCUCAGAAAGAAAUAGAAAAGGAAAGACAAGCAUAUUACCAGAAAACAGUUGCUUUCCAGCAGGAUCUUGAAGCUAAAUACCAUGAUAUUAUCUCAGAAAACCGUCGUGCAGUGGCUCAUUUGUCUUUGGAGCUUGAAAAGGAACAUAAUAGAACAACUAGCUAUCGUGAAGCCCUCAUUUCUCAGAGUCGAAAAUUAGUAGAAGAAAGGAAACUUCUGGAACAAGAACGGGCACAGGUAAUGCAAGAAAAGCAGCAGCUACAACCCUUGAAAAGUGUAUAUCAAUACUACUUAGACAAGGAAGAAAAUUGGCAUAAAAAGGCUACCCAUUUGCUGAGAGAAUUUGAAGAAGCACUUAUAGAACGACAGAAUAUCUACUGUAGUCUGGUUCUUCCUCGAACCCGGCGCCUGGAAAUUGAGAAAAGGUUGUUGGUUCAAGCAUCCAUCGAUCCAGUUGCUUCUGACCUAGAGAUGGUAUCUGGUUUAACAGAUAUAUUUAAGCAUGACACAUAUUGUGGAGAUAUGUGGAAUUCCAACAAACGCCAAAAUGGAAGACUCAUGUGGCUCUAUCUCAAAUACUGGGAAUUAAUUGUUGAAUUGAAAAAGUUUCAGAAAGUGGAGAAAUCCAUAUUAGAAAAUUAAGAAAAGCAUGGAAAAUAAUAAAAAAAAAAAAACUUCUUUUUAGUAGAAUAAUACAGACUGGCAUUCUGGAGUUCUGGUUUUCCCAAAAUCUUUUCUUUUUUUUUUUUUACUUUAAGUAAUUAGCUACUUGGAUUAGAGAUUCUUGGUAAGUAGAAAUAGAUGAUUGAUUAGAAAGAUGAUUUUUGACAGAGCUGAGCUUUAAUUCAGAAGAAAGAAUCCUGAAGAGGAUGAUGGGAAAAGAAAUUUCCCAGAGGCUCUUGGGAAGGACAGUUGGUUAAUGGUUCACUUGAAUUUUCCUUGUUGAGGAAAGGUGUCUAAGGAGGUGGCUCUAAGCGUUUGGGAAGAGAUUAAUGAUAUCUAGUUUGGAAAAUCUCUAAAACUCCUGAUCUAAACAGAAAAGUAGCUAUGUAGUUCUCUGGAAUUUCCACCAAGGGGCACUAAAGAGCAACUUGGAGGAAGACAGUCUUGUGUAAUAGCUAUCAGAUAAAAUCUUUGGCUGGAGGGAGAGCAGAUUCUGGAUUUCUAAAUUAUAUUUAAGAAGAUAAUUAAAUAGAUUACUUUAGUGAGAUAGUUAUUACAUAUUUUAGAUAGAUUAAGGAGUUCAGUGUAGGCCUGGUUUCAGGCAGAAGACACUCCUUGCAGAGUUUUAGUUGGGGUUUUUUGGUUCAGUUAGAAAUUUUAGAUUAGGGAAUAUCUCCAGGAAAUUUCUUCAACUACUGGUCCAACCAAAUUCUCAACUUCCAAGUCCAGCCAUACUCCAGCUGUCAUCAACUGAAUAUCUUUAAACCUGAUAACUAUUGAUACAAUAACUAAUCAAUACCAGGGUUCAUAUUCCCCAUAACAGGUGGUGAGCCAAAAGUACAAAAGAACCUAAAAAUACAGACAAGAAUUUAAAAAGACUCUACAGAGAGUUUUCCCCUCAGCUUUCACCACAAGGGGAACUGCAGAGCAAUCUUUCUGCCAUCAGACAAGAAGCUUGGUCAGUUAGACAAAGGGACAGAAUUUUAGGGACAGAUUACAACUGAAUAUGUGGUUCAGCAUCAGCAACAUGAAUAUGAGGAAUAUAACCCAAAUUUUUACCAGGAAGAUACCAGGGUAUGUAAAGGAAAUUUACUGUGCCUUAGCCUACUAGGUAUUUUACAAUGGAUCCCACUAGGUGGUUGUGGCAUAUUAGGAGGGUUUAUGAUUAGGAUGUGUGUUUAUUACAUCCUAAAUAUAAUUACAAUACUAAAGACAAAACUACUAAGGGAUAAAAAGGGGAUAUGAAAAUAGAUUACCUGGAAAUUUGUAAUGAGAUAUAGACAAUACAGAAGGGCACUAAACUAGAACAGGAGACCAUAGAAUUAAAUGAUGAUGUGGGAAGUUACUUUCCCUUAUGCCAGGUUCCAGUACUCACCCAAGAAAAUCAACUUAUUAAUGUCAAGCACCAGAAAAGGGUUUACCCAAGCCGAUAUUGAAAGUUUUCGGAAGAAUAUCCCCUCAUUUGAAGAGAAACCAGUAGCUGUGAUUAAGAAAUUUGAAAAGAUCAUCACACAAGUGUUCAGGCAGAAUGGGAGAUACUUCCCCAAUAACAUUAGGUAUAACAGAAACAACUUCAGGGGAAACAGGCAAUGUAUACAAUGGAUUUAGAUACGGUUCAUACCAAGACAGAUGGAAUGCUUUUCCAAAAGCAUUUAGUUAUGACUACCAAGAUAUUACCAAGGAAAUAACCAGGUUGAAGAAAUGCAGACAUUUCAAGAAUGGGGCCUCUCCAAAGGGUUGUUGGUGGCAACACCCUAAAGCAAGAUUCUCAAAGGGGUACACAUGUAAGUCAGUUAUGAAGGUUUUCUAGGGGAGGUAGAGCUGAAAAUACUGAAAAAUGGUACAAUAGAAAAAAGUAAUGAUUUAGGGAGUAAAGGACAGGAAGAUAGAAUAUAGGUUUCCUGAUCCUGAGGUUAUGACUCCCAUUAUCCCAGUCCACUCACCACCUAGAAGCACUGAACCCCAUGUUACCCAAAAAGUGGGAAAUAGUAUGAUUGACAGUCUCUAAAUCUGUUUUAAAGAACUUACCUGAUGCACAAUGUGGUACUGUGGGAUCAGUGAAAGUUAAUAGGGAUUUUAGGGACACCCCUCAAAGUGAAGAAGCUACCACCCAGGAUAGUUUCCCUGGGCCUCUUGAGUGGAGCAUUCAUUUUUGUUAAUGCCCAACUCCCCUGCAAAUCUUAAAAAGAUGGAAAAUGGGAAAACUCAUAUUGACUAUGAGUGGAGUAAUUCCAGACUGUCAUUCUGGGGUCCUGGUUUUCCCCAAAUCUUUUUUUUUUUCCAUUGCUGCUGUUACCAUAUAUACUGCCAUUAAAAAAGAAUGUCCAGCUCUAGAUUAGCUGGCAUGCUUCAAAGGCUCUCAACUUUUUAAAAUUGUAUCAGUGUACCUUUCCCUACCCUAAGAGGUAGUCAACAGAGGUAACAUCUUUAUUGUACUUGGCUUGCUGUUAAAGAUUCUCUGAAGCUUCUUCAAGGCAGUUGAUAUUUUAAAUGACACAAUUACUUUGUCCUACCACCAGAUUAAGCUUUGGGAAAGAAUUAUAAAUGGUUAGUGCAAAAGUGAAGUCUUGCCUUAGCUUUUACUAUAAGUAACUAGUCUGUUUUUAGCAUUCCCUUAAAAAUUAGUUUCCCUUGAACCAUAAUCUCAUAUAGCGUAUUUUUCCCUGAAAAUGGAAUUGAAAAAUUGUCAGAUUAUGUACAGAAUGGUACUGUGGUUGAUAAUGGAAAGUAGUGCUACUUGUCGUAAUAACACAACUAUAUCGUGUUACUUGAACUCAGUGUUUCCUGUAUCCAAAUUUAUGCACUAUUAAAUGAGAUUUGGCUUGUUUGUAUUAUGCAGAUUUUAGUUAUGUCAUUAAUGAUAUGUUAACAUGAAUUAGUAGCAUGAAUGAUCAAAAAGUAGUCUGUUAAGAAUAUUAAAUAUCCAUAAAUGUAGAGCACUUUACAAUUUAAGAGGCAUUCUUCUCAUUUAUGUGUAAAAUCCCUGCAAUAACUCCAUGAAGUCAUUAUUAUAUAUAUAUAUAUAUAUAUAUAUAAGGAAACAGACCCUGAAAGCCUGUUGAAUUUCAGAGAAUGGCUAGUAAAUGGCAAACUAGAGACCUAUUUAGAACUCUUUCACUCUAGCACAUUUCCUAUCCAAUAUGAAGCUUUAUUUAAAUUCAUAUUUAGGGUAACAUUUCCCUGAAGAGCAAGAGGACUAUCAACAAAAUGACUUGGUUUGACUUGAUAUUCUUUCUUGGUGGUUUUUUUUUUCUUAAGCAUCAAAAUAAAAUUGAACCAUUAUCAGUUUCUUCUGAUAACAUUAGAAGAGCAUACAUCAAUGUGAGCACACGUGGAAAGAAAUAUCAAUAUGAAAAUUUUGUACUAUGCACAUUUCUAGUAUAGUAUAUAGAAUGUUGGGUAACAUCUAAGUCAGAUUUGCUUUAGAAAAUAAUAGCUUUUCAAAUCCCUUAGUGCUUUUUAUUUCCCUGGGUGCUUAUUAUCUCACUUGUCUAUGUUAGAUCACUUUACUAUUCUAUAUACUAUCACUAUACUAUAAGGUCAAGUAUGAGCAUGCUAUCUUUAUGGCUCAAGAAGUUUGACUUUCUUUGUUCCCUAAAAUUUUGUAUCAUUCUCUAGUUAGUAGUUCUAAUGAUUGGCCAUUUAGCCUUAAGCCAAUUAGAUCCCAGAAUCUUUGAGUUGGAAAAUACCCUAGAAUCUAGUUCAUCUUACCAGUUUGUUCUCACUCUUUGUCUCUUUAGUAAAAGAAACAGUCAUAUUUCAGUUUUUUACAUCAUUAAGAUGAUUCAGAGUGACUAAUUUUUCACUCUUUUCCUUCAAUUACUCCCUUCUCAAUCUAGCUGAUGUAUGUUCAUGAAAUAUAAACUAAUUUAGACAUGAUCUCAUGUAAAAACAAAUUAAGAAAAAGCUAAUUAGGAAUUAGUAAGAUUGAUUCUUCUACAAAAAUACAGUACAGUAGUGUCUUCCAGAGUUGGGUAGAGGUAACUUGGAUUUUCCUUGUUCCCACAACCCUCUAUUAGCAUGAAUAAUUGAGAAUUGUCAUUAUUUUGCUGAUUCUUCCUCAAAAGAAUUUCUAUAAUGAAAUGUCUAUAAUAAAAGUGAAAAGUAUAAGAUAUGAACACUCAGUGAAAACAAAAAUAAUGGUGGACCCAAUACUACUCUUGCAGUCUGCAAAACAAUGGCUAUAUAAAGGCUAUACAUUAAAAUUUAGUGAAUUUGAUGCUGAGAGUUGUGAUGAUGAUUAAUGAAGUAGGGAGUCUCUCUUUAGCAACUCCAGGGGGAAAUUGGAGUCAGGAGGAGCUCAGGAUUUUUGAGAUGGAAGUACUGCUGCCAUGUUAUACAUACACAGGGUGAUAAAUUAUCAAAGUGAACAGGGAAAAUAACCUUUAAUGGGGGUGGGAAAGAGGGAACUAGAUAUGGGGUAAAUUAUAUACAUACAGGGUGAUGAUUUAUUUCUUUGUGGUUCAGACUUUUCUAACUUUCCUAUUGUGACAAUACCAAUUUCAGAAGGUUUUUCUGAUGUAAAAUGGGUGAGUGCUUGUUAUUUGGAAAAAAAAUAAAACAAGUUGAUAAAUCUAGAGUUCUAGAAUUUUUCUUUACUAAAUAACAUUUUUACCCUUGAAUUGUUUUUUCUAAAUUUCUUAUCAUUUAGGAGUGGUAAAUACAGUGUUCCAGUGAAAAUUCCAUUGUAGUGAAAAACUGCAAAUAUACCCUGUGAUGUCACAUAGGGUAGAAGAAAAUAUGAUAUUUGUUAGUCCUAAAACAACUUGUAUUUUUCUAAUUAGAGAAGUGUGGCUAAUUAAAAUGUGUGUCAGUUAUCUUCA